AUGGCAAAGGGUUCGAUUGUGGGGAAUCUCGCCAAAGAUUUGGGACUGAAUGCCAGAGAUCUUGCAAAGCGCAAUCUGCAUGCUGCCUCUGUGAACAAAAUGCAGUAUUUCAGUAUAAGUGCAGACAAUGGAAACCUUUAUGUGAAUGACAGAAUUGAUAGGGAGGAAAUAUGUGACACAACUCCACUCUGCCUUAUUAAUUUUGAAGUGGUGAUGGAAAAUCCUUUCAAUGUUUUCCAUAUAACAAUAGUUAUACAGGAUAUUAACGAUAAUGCACCACACUUCCUCAGUGAUAUAACCAACUUGGAGAUCAUAGAAUCAACUGUUCCAGGAACCAGAUUUCUCCUUGGGAAAGCAGAAGAUCCUGACAUUGGGAUGAACUCUCUCCAGAAUUACCAGCUGAGCUCCAACCAGUACUUCACCUUGGAAGUAAGGGAGAGAAAAGAUGGAAAUAAAUAUGCAGAAUUAGUGCUCAGUAAAGUUAUGGAUCGAGAAAGUGAACAGACUGUUCGCUUGAUCCUUACAGCCUUGGAUGGGGGUGAACCAAGAAAAACUGGGACUGUCCAAAUACGGAUUAAUGUCACAGAUGCUAAUGACAACCCACCUGUCUUCACUCAGGAGGUGUACAAAGUCAAUUUACCUGAAAAUGUUCCUGUUGGGUCACUUGUGCUCCAGGUUGUAGCCUCAGAUAAAGACGAAAGCUCUUAUGCUCUGAUCAGGUAUCAAUUCAGCAACAUAGCAGCAAACACCCACAAGAAAUUCAGUUUAGAUCCAAUUAAUGGCAUAGUCACUCUUACAGGAAUGCUCAACUUUGAGGAAAGUAAAGAAUAUACCAUGACAGUAGAAGCCAAAGAUGGUGGUGGAUUGGUGGCACAUUCCAACAUUGAAAUAACUGUGCUUGAUGAGAAUGAUAAUGCCCCAGAUGUGACUUUAGCCUCCAUGUUCAGCCCUGUUCCUGAAGAUUCUCUGCCAGGAACUGUUAUUGCUCUGAUCAAUGUGAAUGACAAAGAUAGUGGAGAUAAUGGGAAGGUUACUUGCUAUUUACAGGAUGAUUUACCCUUCAAAAUUCUUCCCUCAUCUAACAAUUACUUCAAGCUCCAGACAGACAGUCUUUUGGACAGAGAAAUAGCUCCUGCAUAUAAUAUUACAAUCACAGCAAUUGAUAAAGGAACUCCACCUCUUUCCACACACAAAACAAUCUCACUGCAGAUCUCAGAUAUCAAUGAUAAUGCCCCUACUUUUCAGAGAUCAUCCUACAGCAUUUACGUGCCAGAAAACAAUCCUUCAGGUGCCUCCAUUUUCACCAUCAAAGCCUCUGAUCCUGACAUGGACCAGAACUCACGGAUCACGUACUCCAUCCUCAACAGCAACAUUGAGGAGCUUCCCAUUUCCUCCUAUAUCUCCAUUAAUUCUGAGACCGGCACCAUCUAUGCUCAGAGAUCCUUUGACUAUGAACAAUUCAGAGAGUUCCAGCUUCAAGUGAAGGCCCAAGAUGGGGGUUCUCCCCCUCUCAGCAGCAAUGUGACCGUCAGAGUGUUUGUUCUUGAUCGGAAUGAUAACAGCCCUCGUAUCCUGUCCCCCUCACAAGAAGCCAAGGGCUCAGCCUUGUUUGAGAUGGUGCCUCGUUCGGCCGAGGCAGAUUAUCUUGUCACCAAGGUGGUGGCCGUGGAUGCAGAUUCAGGACACAACGCCUGGCUCUCCUACCACCUGACUCAGGCCACUGAGCCGGCACUCUUCACGGUUGGUUCUCAUACUGGAGAGAUCAGGACAGCAAGAGCCUUUGUGGGGAGAGACGCUGUGAAACAGAGACUGGUCAUUAUGGUGAAGGAUAAUGGGCAACCCUCUCUCUCGGCCACCAUUACUCUGAACCUGGUGUUUGCUGAGAACUUUCAGGAGGCCCUUCCGGAAAUGAAGAGCCAACCCAGCAGCUCAGAGUAUCAGUCUGACCUGCAGUUCUACUUGGUGCUGGCCUUAGCUGUGAUCUCCUUCUUGUUCCUCUUGACUGUGAUUCUGGCUGUUACAAUGAAGCUCCGUCAAUCAGGGCAUCCCAGGUUCCUACAGUGCUUUGGUCCUGUUCCCCAUUCCAAGAAUGGUGCCAUCUUUCCACCCAACUUUGAAGAUGGGACUUUGCCCUAUUCCUACCAGCUGUGUCUGUCUUCAGAGUCCAGGAAGAAUGAGUUUACCUUCCUGACACCAAAUAUACAGAUUGCAGAGAAUAUUCUUGGCAGUGAGAAAUCUGCUGUGCCUUUUACAGGCAAUGUAGGAAACAAUUUUGAUUCUGCAGUUGAUAAUGGAGAACAGCUGUAUGUGGCAGGGAAGAGCAAAGACCAGUUUCAGUGCUGA